UUAUUCAAGCGACUCACAGUAUGCUCGUGAAGGCGGGAGGAAAAUUGGCAGUUGUUUUCAUCGUAGUCUUGUUUGUUGCUUUGGUUUUUACUGCUAAAUAACACAUGUACUUAUGUUUAGCGCCUGGUAACGCCAUUUAUAUCCCGUGUUAGUACACAUCACCGUGGCACAGCCUCAUAAAUAGACCUUAAACAGUUUGUUAUGUGCUAGCUUUGCAGCGUUUGCGUCUCACAGGUGGCUAAGCUAACAUUACGCACUUACCGGUAACAUUUGGUGAAUUAACCUCUCUGACGGAUUUAUUAACACAGUGGGAUGGCCACACAGAAGUCUAAACAGAAUGACACCGCCCUUCCUUUCGUUGCUCUCCAGCUCCUGGCACCCCCUGUGCGUCUGGUGUCUGCAGCGCUAUGGAAGGUGAUGAAGCAGAGGGAUGUGAUGCAGUAUGGGGUCGUGGAGGAGUUCGUGACAUCAGCCUGCGAGACUGUGCCUGGACUGCUCACAAUGAGGCACCAGGGCAAGCUGGCGCUGGGACUCAGAGCACGGUUAAUCUUGGAGCUGUGCAGCACUGAGCCUGAUGCGAAACUGAUUGAAAUGCAUCUGAAAAGGAUUUGUGCACCCACAGCCUCUUCAUCUUCGUCAGUGAAAAAGGAUCUAAAAAUUCUCAAAACUGUGGAAUGUUUCCACUCUCAUGUUAAAAUAUUGCUGUCAGACCCCAUAGAGAGGGAACGGUACUUCAAGGAGGAAUUUCCUGUGGAGUAUGGCCAAAAGUUUGACCAGGAACUGGAGAAGCUGCUUUGGGAGUUUUUGAUCCGUCUGGACCAGUUCUUUCCAGUUCCCAACCUAGCUCAGACUGUGUCAUGGCUCAGUGAAGUCCCUCUUGUGCUGGAGGAGUGUGCACGGGCAGCCACCCAGCCCCAGCUCCUGAAGAUUUUACUGGAGCAUCAGACCUGCCUGGGUCAUCUGGAAACAGCAGCAUCCCUUCCUCCAAACAUGGGAGACUCCAUCCUGGCUUCACUUUCUCUGCCACCAUCCGGAAGAGCCCCUUCAGAUCAGCCGACAGCAUCUAAGACGACUGCCAUGGACCACUCCGCUACCUCUGGGUCUUAUGAUAUACAGACCCGACACAACGCGCCUAUUGUUUCCCCCAUUUUCGGACUGAUAUCUAAUGACGACAUACCAAUCAUGAGCUCUGCCAAAAGGUCACAGAAAAGUGGAGAGAACUCUGAAUUCACUGGCCUUAAACAAAAGCAAAUAUCCAAACACAAUGGAGAAAAAGAAGACACAGAGGAGGACGUGAGCAUGUCAAAAAAAACCAGUGGAAUGAAACGUAAACAGCCCGAUGAAGAGGACAGUGAAGAAGACGAAGAGGUGUUGAGACUGGUCAGAUGUGGGAAAAAGAGGAGUUUGGAAAACGCAGCACGCAGGAGCUACAGAACGAACAAGAACGAGGAAGACGAAGGACAAAUGAGCAGAACGGUUCUGGAAACGCGUAUGGCUCAGCAUGGUGUCAAAAACCUGCCUGAUGAUCCGUCCCUGUCCUCCGUGUAUGCCUCAUGUCUGAGCAGCCAGCCCCGAGUUAACAUCGAAAAACUGUCCCUGACUUCUGUUAGCACUCACACAGGAGACGAAGCCUUCGACGAGCAGCAGCAGCAGACUCCGAGGAGAAAAUCACCGGUGAAAGCCCCCUCGCAGAAACCUCUAAAGCCUGACUCUAGUUUUCCAGGCUUUCACGACAAAGAAAAUCGACCUACGUUACCAGAUAUGAGCAGAUCUGCGACACGACCACGACACAACACAGAGCCACUGGCCCCUCCAGGAGACAGCGAAGACUAUGUAGCCGAUUCUGAGGAUGAAGCCACCAAGAACUUCAAAGUCAGGCUCUUUGUCAAGCGUUACUAUAAGACCAAACAUGGCACAUACGUUCCUACUCUUCGGGAGUUCUGGAAACCUGGGAUGAACCGACGGAACUUACUGUCUUCCACCAGCAAACGCAGAUGAUGACGCAGAUGUUCCCAGUGGAUUCUGACGGUGCCAUAGUCUGUGAUUUCACCACAGCUGUCUACAUUUGUUGAAUCAUGUUGAAACGUACUUGAAUCAUGUUAAGUCUUAUUUUUAACAAGUGCUUUGAAAUCAUGAAAACAAGCCCAGAUUUUUUUAGUCAUAAUUAUGGUACCUGUACAUAAAGACCAGAAAAUAUGUGGUUCAUUCUUCAGUUAAUAAUGAAUUUGAUUUUACUUCUUUAAGAUCUACAAAUAAUGAUAAAUAAAGGUAAUGAAAUGU